CGACCUGACAACCCGUCUUUCUCUCUCUAACUUUCUCUCUCUCUCCUCUUUCUCUGAAUGCGAAUUCCUUCAGGAAUCUGUCUCGCAGAGGGCAGAGCCUGGUGGAAUUCGAUUACUGAGAGAGAAUCAGAGAAGACGAAGCGCAGAAUUCAUUGUUAGUUUUGGAUGUAGUAGCUUCCAUUCUGUUCCAAUCGUUUUGGAAAUCGUCUCAUUCUCUUGGCUGUAAUGGAGGAAACUUUCUUCGAUCUUGUGGAGUUUCUCAAGAAGCCCUCAAUCGCCGAAACAUUCGUCGACAUUUUGCUAUGUGCAGUUCCGAUCUGGCUCGCUGUUAUGAUCGGCCUCGUCAUCGGUUGGUCCUGGCGUCCUCGCUGGACUGGAUUGGUUUUCCUCGGCUUUCGGAGUAAGUUUAGAUUAUUGUGGACUGCUCCUCCUGGAUUUGGAGCUCGGCGACUUUGGUUGGCCUUCACGGCGCUAUCUGCCUUCUCAGUCUGCCGUACUCUUUGGUCCAAUUUUUAUGGGAAGAGGAAGGCACCACCGGUACCGUUGGCCCCGGAUUCUCCGGCGCCAUCCACGUUGAUGCACUCGGCGGAAGGAAGCGGGGAUGUAAUUGCCAAUAAAGAGGAGGGAAAAGAGCAGGAUAUUGUCACGGAGAAUGAUUUAGAUCACCUAUUGCAACUUCUUGAAGGAAGGAAUGGGGAUGCAGAGUGGCAAAGUAUGAUGCAAAGGUCGAACCCAAACUUUGCAUAUGAAGCUUGGCGCCUUGAGCCUGAGAACAGACCAACUGUUUAUCGUAGUAGAACUGUCUUUGAAGAUGCAACCCCAGAGAUGGUUAGAGACUUUUUCUGGGACGAUGAGUUUCGGACUAAAUGGGAUCCCAUGCUUACGUAUUUCAAGAUAUUGGAUGAAUGCCCUCAUACGGGGACCAUGAUUGUUCACUGGAUUAAAAAGUUCCCCUUUUUCUGCAGUGAUAGAGAAUAUGUCAUGGGUCGAAGAAUAUGGGAAGCUGCAAAGACUUACUAUUGUGUUACAAAGGGUGUACAAUAUCCAAGCUUACCCAGACGUGACAAACCCAGGCGUGUGGAUCAUUUUUUUUCGAGUUGGAUCAUCAGGGCAGUGGAGUCUCGUAAAGGAGAUGGAAUAAGGUCUGCUUGUGAGGUUAUCCUUGUGCAUUAUGAAGAUAUGGGAAUCCCCAAGGAUGUUGCUAAAUUGGGAGUCCGUCAUGGAAUGUGGGGAACUGUCAAGAAGAUCCACUCUGGUUUCAGAGCAUACCAGAAUGCUAGGAAAUCAGAUAUUUCUGUUUCCAGAAGCGCACUGAUGGCCAGGAUCACCACAAAGAUUUCUUUUGACAGAAACAUGGAUUCCUCCGAGCCAGAGUCGGGUGAAGUACGAACUCAAGUGGUGAGGAGGAAGCUCCAAAAUGAUGCUGGCAUAGAUUGGAAAUGGAUAGUCAUUGGUGGGACAGUGGCUGUAGUCUGUGGACUUCGAACCGGUGCAAUUGGGAAGGCCUUGUUACUUGGGGCAGGACAGAGAAUGGCUCGAAGGUGAGAGAUAUCAAAAUUAGGUGCAGGCACUGUAUUACUAUGCACUGUGAAGGUGGAGAAGUUUCUUACAAUAGGCCGACACAUCAACCAUUAUUGAGAUUAACAACAUAAAACCAAUUUUUCUGAAUGGCUGUGAUAGAGUGAUCCUCUCCAUGUACAACUUCCAUAUUUCUGACCUAGCUUUUACAUCUCUCUUUUGCUUAAAUGAUUUAGUAUGUGCAUUUAUAAUGGAACUCAGUUGAGACUUGAAGCAACUUUUACGGCUAAUCAAAUCUUGCGUGUGUUUAACUUUAAACUAAGUCAUGCUUCUUUUCUUUGAAGCAUGAUUUAGGAUUGUGGAUAUGUAAAUUAAGGGGAGGAUCUCGUUUAUAUAUUAAUUUAUACAUAAUAAAGUUUCUUGGACAACUUGUUCA